CGAUGAAUGAGGUCCAUGUCUUCUGUAAUUUUGGGCGACACGCAUGUCAGUUUCCUCUACUUUGAGGCUUUCGUGCUGUACUCAAUGAGCUCUCUAUCGACCUUGGUUUGAUUCGCAUCCUCGACGACUUACACAUUCCACUUGCACCUUCGUUCGAUCUCAUCAAGCUUGUGGAAUUCCUUAUUCAAUACCACGUCGGAAGUUGAAGGAACCUUCUACAGUAUGACCAUGCCAGAAAAUACUCGAGCCUUCAAGGCUCACGCACAGCGUACCAAGCGAGUGGCUUCUCAAGUCCGAUCCUUCUACGACAGGAGACAACCAUUCCGGAUAUUCCAUGGAAGCACGAGCAGUACAAGAAGCCAGGAACAGGACCGUAAUAAGAUGAUCUCGACGAGUGAUUUCACCGAGAUUCUAAGAAUCGAUGCCGAGAAGCGUGUUGCGGUCGUCGAACCCAACGUCUCCAUGGAGAAGCUAGUCGAUGCGACACUACCAUACGGACUUGUUGCACCUGUCAUCAUGGAGUUCAAGAACAUCACAGUCGGUGGCGGUUUCAGUGGCACAUCUGGUGAAAGCAGCUCCUUCAGACAUGGAGUCUUCGACAAUAUUGUGAACAGCAUUGAGAUUGUGCUGGGUGAUGGAGAUAUUGUCCACGCUUCCCGUACAGAGGAUUCUGACUUGUUCCACGGUGCUGCAGGAUCUUUUGGUACUCUGGGUGUCGUUACCAAGAUUGAAGUGCAGCUAGUGGAAGCUGGCAACUUUAUGGAGCUAGAAUAUCGCGCUAUCUCUGGUGGUCCUGAAGCAGUCAAAACCAUCGAAGCGUACACGGCAGACAACAACAUCCAAUACCUUGACGGUAUCAUGUUCUCCAAGACCAGUGGUCUAAUCAUUGCAGGACGUAUGACCAGCAACCCACCACUAAGCCGCAAGAUCUCGAAGUACCUGUCAAGAAGCGACCCUUGGUUUUAUGUCCGCGCACAAGAAAUCCUCAAUAAGGAAAUACCAGGCUCAAAUGGCAAGAGCUACACAGAAUGUGUACCCAUCAAAGACUACCUCUUCCGCUUCGACAGAGGCGCCUUCUGGGGAGGCUACUACGCCUUCAAAUACCACUUCGCUCCCUUCAACAACCUGACCCGUUAUCUCCUCGAUGACCUAAUCCACACCAAAACGAUGUACACAGCCCUUCACAAAUCCGGACUCGCCACCGAGUUCAUCGUCCAAGACAUUGGCUUUCCCUACUCCACAACACCAGACUUUAUUGACUACCUCGACGACAAUUUCAACCUCUAUCCACUCUGGCUAUGCCCUCUCAAACUCAACUCUCCAUACCCGUUGACACCAAAAGGAGAACACUAUCAACAAGACAACCAAAGAGUCAUCAAUAUCGGCGUCUGGGGACCCGGUCCACGCGAUCGCGACGACUUCAUCGCAGCCAACCGCGCAAUCGAGGCAAAAACAAAGGAACUAGAUGGACUAAAAUGCUUAUACGCACACGCCUACUACACCGCACCCGAAUUCUGGGAUCUCUACGACAGAGAAGCUUAUGAUUCUCUGCGGGAAAAGUACAAUGCCACACUACUUCCAUCAGUGUUUGACAAGGUCACCAAUAACGGACCACCUCCUGCGAAUACCAUGUUCGAACGUCUCAAGAAUAGCACUCAUGAUACCUUUUCCGCUCUGAACCUUAACGGCAGCUAA